AUGGCUCAGCAACCAUCUCGUCACACCGUGGAAUGGAUCAAGCAGCAGCAGGCCGAAGCGGGGGUCGCUGCCCGAAAGGCGCGUAAGCCAAAGCCAAAACUACCGAUCUGGCUGGAUGAUUUUCUGCGAGACGAUUUAGACACAUUCGGCAGAAACCCUGAGCGAGUUCCAUUACCUGAGUCUCGCGAUGGAUCGUCCACGGCCAGUGACCCUGGAGAAAGAAAUGGAAAUGCAGCGAGGCCAUCCCUGGAGGCGAUUGAUCGCGACGAUACCUUCAUCCAGCCUUGGUCUGUCCCAUUGCCGCCAUCGCCGCCGCCGUCGCCAGGACAGCAGCGAGCACAGCUGCCGGCGGCCAAAGAACUGGAAAGGGAAAAACGCCCUCCGCGUGAACCCUACGAUCGCGUUCUGGACCGCGCAGAUAGCGUAUUCGACCACAUCAAGCACGGCAAUAUCCGCAAGUUUCCGCGCGUGGAGAGAACAUCCAUCACGCUGUAUGAGUACUACGACGAUAGUACCGCGACGAGGGUGGAGAUUGAGAGUCCUCUAAUGAUCCCCCGCUUCCACGGCAUGCGGGAGGGAUUGAAAGGGCGCGUCUUUCUCGUUGAGGAUCUGUCCAAGGAAACUAUUGACGCCUUGGGAGAGACAUUUGGGAUUACUCCCGAGUUCUUCGAGGAGCAUCUGUUGAACUCGGGUUACGGUGGCGCGCAGUAUGAUGAUCCACCGGCGAGGUCAUGGAAGACGGCUAGGUUGAACAAGUCAUAUGUGUCGAUCCAGUGGUUUCGGCCCGUGUAUCGUCAUCCACCGUUAUUUUCCAAACGCGACCGCGAAGACCUGCUUGAUUUGCAGGGUUCUGGGUUAGAGUAUAUCUCCGGCAAUUCAAGCAUUAGUCUCAAAGCCGUGACGAAUAUAUUUCGCUCUGAGUGGGAUCUGCGCGUUGAUCCGCGCGGGACGGCAAAGGAGAUGAGUGAGUUUGGGUUGGUGGAACGGGCAUCGAUUUGGAGAAAGCAAGCCGAGAAUAUGGAGUAUGAAACAGGUGAGCCAUUACGGCCCCUGGAGGUUGAUAUCCGCAAAGACUGA